UUUGUGCCAUUAAACUGGGGUUAACUAUUUUUUUUCUCUUUUUUUGUCCUUAGACCUGAUGGCACUGAAAGAUGAGACUGAAGUACUGAAUGAAAUGGAAGGGAAUGACCAAUAUAACAAUCAGCAUGUUUUCGUUACUGGAGAAAAGUCCUCACGAGAAAUGGCUAAAAAAAACAGGGCUAUAAGUCAUUUCAGCUACAAUCAAACAGGAAGCUUUAACAGGCACAUGGAAAUUCACACUGAUAAGCCUUACAUGUGCCCUCAGUGUGGAAAUAGUUUCAAACAGAGAGGACACCUUAAAGACCACAUAAGAAUUCACACUGGAGAGAAACCUUUCACCUGCGAACAUUGUGGAAAAAGUUUCACCCGAAAAGGAAUCCUUAACAAGCACAUGCAAACUCACACUGGAGAGAAGCCUUACUCUCAGUGUGGAAAGACAAUCCACAAGAGAGUUUACACUGGAGAGACCCCUUUCACCUGUCAACAGUGUGGGAAAAGUUUCAACCAAAAAGGAAACCUAAAUUACCACAUGAAAAUUCACACUGGAGGUAAGCCUUUCACCUGCAAACAAUGUGGAAAAAGUUUCAAUCAAAAAGGAAACCUUCAUAGGCACAUGAGGAUUCACACUGGAAAGAAGCCUUACACCUGCCAGCAGUGUGGAAAGAGUUUUGAUCAACAUGUACACCUUAAAGUCCACAUGAGACUUCACACUGGGGAGAAGCCUUACACCUGCCAGCAGUGUGGAAAAAGUUUCACCCGAAAAAGAAACCUUAAUUUCCACAUGAAAAUUCACAUUGCUACCAGUGUGGAAUACGUUUCACUCCUGCUCCAGCUCAGCGUCUCUCCUCCUCAGAUCAUUGAUCUCCUGCUCCAGUUCCUCCAGUCGUCCUUCAGCUCGACUCACUGCAGUCUUUUCCUGAUCUCUGAUCCGCUGUGUCGCCUCAGAGCGGCUUCUCUCAAUGGAGCGGAUGAGCUCAGUGAAGAUCCUCUCACUGUCCUCCACUGCUACUCACCUUAUGAGACGCCACAGCCUCUCUCAGCUGCUGAAGAUCUUUCUCUCUCUGCUGGAUCCUCUGCUGGAACGACCUCUGCGUCUCCUUCAGCUGGUGCUAAAGGACAAACCAAUGUGACUCUGGCAGUAAGAGUUCAGACACCCCAGACAAGACUUGAUGGCUUUGUGUUUUCUUCCAGUACAGACGUCACACUGAACAUCUCCAGCUCCAGCGUAACAGUCAGCAGGAAGUUUACGCUUCUUCAGUUUCUCCACCACUUCAGCCAGCAUGAUGAAACCGUGCCAAGUGGAGUGGUUGAACCUGAUAAAGAGGAUGUGAAGAAUAACAAGAAAAUCAUCAUCCACCUGAUGGCACUGAAAGAAGAGAAUCAAGAAAAACAUGAAAUAGAAGAGAAAGAUCAAUAUAAGGGACAUGAUUUCAUGGAUGUAGAAAAAUCCAUACAGACUAAAACAUCUUCAUCACGAACAAUAGUUCAGAAGACCAAAUCUAACAGUAACUUCACCUGCUCUCAUUGUGGAAAGAGUUUCAAACUCAAACGUGACUGUAUAACCCACAUGAGAGUUCACACUGGAGAGAAGCCUUUCACAUGUGAUCAGUGUGGAGAGUGUUUCAGUCAGAGAGCAAACCUUAAAUCCCACACAAAGAGAAAACACUCGGCAUUAGUCACACACCACUACGUCACACGUAACAUCAACAACAAUGGCGGACUAUAUGAUUGUGAUCGUGCUGCAGAAGCUACUGAGCCUUUACUAAAGCAAAAUCUUCUGCUCCUAUGCUACUACGUUUUCGCUUUAGACCUGAUGGCACUGAAAGAAAAGAAUCAAGAACUGAAUGAAAUAGAAGAGAAAGAUCAAAAUGAAAGGGAUGAUUUCAUGGAUAUACAAAAAUCCAUACAGACUGAAACAACUUCAUCACUAACAAAAGUUCAGAAGACCAAAUCUAACAGUAAAUUCACCUGCUCUUAUUGUGGAAAGAGUUUCACUCGAGGACAUAACCUUACAUACCACAUAAGAAUUCACACUGGAGAGAAGCCUUUCAUAUGUCAUCAGUGUGGAAAGAGUUUCAGACUUCAAUCAACCUGUGAUUCACACGUGAAAAGUCACACAGAACUGAAAGACUUCACAUGCCAACAGUGUGGAAAAGGCUUCAUUCACAUGGGAAACCUUAAUUCCCACAUGAGAGUUCACACUGGAGAGAAGCCAUUCACAUGUGAUCAGUGUGGAAAGAGCUUCAAAAAGAAAGUAUCCCUUAAUUCCCACAUUCAGAGAAAACAUUCAGGAGAGAACUCAGUAAACCUCAACUCUCAUACGAGGACUGCAGUGAAGCCUUUCACCUGCAAACAGUGUGGGAAGAGCUUCAAAUAUGAUGCACUUUUUGAUUCCCACAUGAAAAGUCACACUGGAGAGAAGCCUUUCACCUGCAAACUCUGUGGGACUAGGUUUGCACACAAAGGAGGUCUUAAGUCACACAUGUCAAUUCACACUGGAGAGAAGCCAUUCACAUGUGUUCAGUGUGGAAAGAGUUUCAGACUUAAAGCAACCCUUGAUUCACACAUGAAAAGUCACAGUGGUAAGAGUCCUUACACCUGCAAACAGUGUGGGAAGAGCUUCUCAUAUAAAAGAACGUUUAAUGCCCACAGGAGAGUUCACACUGGUGAGAGUCCUUACACCUGCAAACUGUGUGGAAAGAGCUUCUCACAAAAUGGAAAUCUUACGGCUCACAUGAAAACUCACACUGGAGAGAAGCCAUUCAUGUGCCUUUAAUGUGGUAAAUGUUUUACACGUGCAAUAACCCUUACUUACCACUCUAGGCUUCACUGAAGAGAGAACUUUUAAUUGUCAUCAGUGUGGAAAGAUUUUCAGUCAGAAAAUCUCACUUGAGGUUCACAUGAGGCUUCACACUGGAGAGAAACCUUUC